GUCGUCAUCCUCGGCACAGGCCCGAGGUGGACACGGAUGUGAAAUAGUGUAUGAACACGCGCUAUUACAUUAAAAAAAGAGGGUGGUAUGGAUCUCUUCGCCAUUCCUCUGCCUUCUCAUCAACCUUCUCAUCCAUCCCUCUCAUUCAUCCAAGAACGAAUCUCUCGCAAGCACACCACCUCAGCUUAAUAUGACAACCGCCCCUCUCCCUCCUCGUGCCCAGUGGCACGACAGGCUCUUGUUAAAGAUCGCAGCCCUAUCCCAGACAUGGCCCCUGGCACUCACCGCCACCAUUGUCGGUACGGUGUCAUGGAGUGCGUGUUGAACGUCUGGCAGCUUAUUAUGCAGCAUGACCUGAAAGCUCAGAUUAAGAAGAGUCGUCAGCUUUGGAUUGACCAGUCAAAGGCAUCGGCCGCCUCGGGUCAACGCAUUGCUAUUGUUACUGGCGGCAACACCGGUCUGGGAUUUGAGACAGCAAAGGCCCUGGUCGAGGCUGGAUUCACCGUGUAUAUCGCCUGCAGGUCUGUCAGCAAGGGACAGGAGGCGUUGGAGAAGAUUGAGGCCGCGACUGAGCUCAAGGGAAAGAUGGCAGUGAUGCCGUUGGAUCUGUCUUCUCAGGAAAGCGUCAAGACUUUUGUACGAGAGUUCAAAUCCCUGGGAUAUCAGCACCUGGAUGUCUUGGUCAACAAUGCUGGCAUGAUGGAUAUUCCCUUUGGCCUGACUAAGGAGGGUUACGAGAUGCAGUUUGGAGUGAAUCACCUUGGACACUAUAUUUUGACACUGGAACUGCUCCCUCUGCUCAACAGGGCCCCUCAGGGCCGCAUCGUCGUCCUCUCCUCGGGUGCCAUGUAUUCAUCCACGGACAUCCGCUAUGACCUCCUCCAGUCCUCGAAGGGCUACUCCCGUCUUGGCCACUACUCCUACUCAAAACUCGCGAACCUCUUGUUCGUCAAGGCUCUGAACCGUCGUCUGCAGCGUGUUCAAUCAAGGAUCACGGUGAAUGCGUGCCACCCAGGUGCCUGCAGCACCGAAUUGUUCAGACAUAACCCGAUGAUGAACGUGUUGAUGGUCCCUGCCCAGAUUGUCUGUCGGACGCCGCUGUGGGGUGCGAUGAGUUCGAUUUAUUUGGCGCUGGCGCCAGGUCUGGAGAAUGUUUCGGGAGAGUACUUUUUUGAUCAGAUUCCGAGGACGCCGAAUCCGAUUGCAAUGGAUGAGAAGGCGCAGGAGUUGUUGUGGACAAAGAGUGUGGAGUUCACCGGGGUGGACUUUAAGUUGUAAUGGAGGUUGCACGGACGAGAUGGUGGUACCUGGACUGGGCUGGACUGGACUGGGCUUGGGCUUGGGCUGGAGGAAGCAGCAGAAGGUUUUUCGGCCAAGUUUACCCGUCAAUUUUUGUUUAAUAAACACAAAACAGAACCCAAUUAGACAUUACAAAAUCAUUCAGAGGGGCG